UGCUAGGGAUUCCGGCGUCGCCUUAGAUCCGGCGAGAUGGGGAGAAAGGGCAAGAAGGAGAAGAAGGGCCGCGGCGCGGAGAAGACAGCCGCCAAGAUGGAGAAGAAGGUGUCCAAGCGGUCGCGAAAGGAGGAGGAAGACCUGGAAGCCCUCAUAGCCCAUUUCCAGUCUCUGGAUGCCAGAAAGACCCAGGUCACGGAGACCCCCUGCUCCCCGCCCUGCCCACGGUUGAAUGCCUCCCUCUCUGCUCAUCCAGAGAAAGAUGAAUUAAUCCUUUUCGGAGGUGAAUAUUUCAAUGGCCAAAAAACUUUUGUGUAUAACGACCUCUAUGUCUACAAUAUCAAAAAGGAUACUUGGACUAAAAUUGACAUCCCUGGUCCACCUCCGAGGCGCUGUGCUCACCAGGCUGUGGUGGUGCCUCAGGGUGGCGGACAGCUGUGGGUCUUUGGAGGGGAGUUUGCUUCUCCUGACGGAGAGCAAUUCUAUCACUAUAAGGAUCUGUGGGUUCUACACUUGGCCACCAAGACCUGGGAGCAAGUCAGAUCGACAGGGGGUCCUUCAGGUCGGAGUGGACAUCGUAUGGUGGCCUGGAAGAGACUGUUAAUCCUUUUUGGUGGCUUCCAUGAGAGUACAAGGGAUUACAUAUACUACAGUGAUGUGUAUGCCUUCAGCCUGGACACAUUCACCUGGAGCAAGCUGUCCCCAUCAGGACCUGGGCCCACGCCCAGGUCAGGCUGCCUGAUGUCUGUCACACCACAGGGAAGCAUAGCCAUCUAUGGAGGCUACUCAAAGCAGAGAGUCAAGAAAGAUGUGGACAGAGGCACCCAGCACUCAGAUAUGUUCCUGCUGAAGUCUGAGGAAGGGGGAGAAGGCAAAUGGAUGUGGACCCGGAUUAACCCUUCAGGGAUCAAGCCCACCCUAAGGUCUGGCUUUUCAGUGGCUGUGGCCCCAAAUCACCAGGUGUUACUCUUUGGGGGUGUCUGUGAUGAGGAAGAGGAAGAGAGCCUGGAAGGCAUGUUCUUCAACGACCUGUACUUCUACGAUGCCAUCAGGAACCGCUGGUUUGCGGGACAGCUGAAGGGCCCCAAGUCAGAGAAGAAGAAACGGAGGCGGGGUAAAGCAGAGGCGUGCGAAAAUACCAGUGAGCAGGAGCAGGGUGUAGCCAAUUCCCCAGAGCCCUUGGAGGUGGUCAAAGAGGUGGUGGCCGAGGAUGGGACUGUGGUGACCAUUAAGCAAGUGCUUGCAGCCCCAAGCCUGGCUGCAGGGCCCCCACCCGAGGACGAAGAUGGUACACUGGAGCCUAGUAGGGCCCCAGUCGAACCGUGUCCACGCUCCAACGCCAUGUUGGCUGUCAAGCACGGGCUGCUGUAUGUCUAUGGUGGCAUGUUUGAAGCUGGUGAUCGCCAGGUGACCCUCAGUGACCUUUACUGUCUUGAUCUCCACAAGAUGGAAGAGUGGACCUUGGUAGAGAUGGAUCCAAAAACUCAGGAGUGGCUGGAGGAGACGGACUCGGAAGAGGACAGCAGCUCAGGCGAGGGUGCAGAGGGGGGUGAUGAGGAUCAGGAUGUGGACAGUGGGGAGAGUGGCGAGGAAGAGGAAGGGUCUGUGAAGAGCCAUCCUCUGCACGACUCACGCAGGCUGCCACGGCUGAGUGUGCUCCUCUCUCGUUCCCCUUCUGGAUGAGAAGAGCUGUAACACAUGGUGGUACCCAGGGAGCAGUACUCCAACUACCUGUCCCAGCCUGCACUGAACUGGCUGACACUCGCCCAAGAACACAUGGAGCCCAAUUCA